UAAGGAAAAUCUGAUAGAGGGGGCUUGUUCCUUUCCUCUCUCUUUGGUUCUAUACCAGCAGAAAGAAUGCUAAUUCAUAGCCCAUGUCCAGCAAUUUUUCAUAGAACCUCAACAUAUCUUAGAAGUGUCAAAUGCAAUAUCAACAAUAACACUCUAAGCAUCAUCAACAAGAACACUGCUAGCAGUAGAAUUAGCAUCAUAAAGAACACUACAACAAGUCUUAUUGGUGCUUGUAGUAGCUGUAGAGUGGGACUAACUGGCUUUCUUGUAGCUGCUGUAGUGAUAAGUUCUGCAGCAGGAGUAAGAGCAAUUGAGGCACCCCAAGAAUCAGAGACUUUGUCUAAUAUACCACAAACACUUUCAGGUGAGUGUGCUUUGCCAAAGGAUUGCAAGAAAGCUAGGAUUCAAAGACCUAAGUCAAGGAAAGCUGAGUCUUGCACUAUCAAAUGUGUCACCACUUGCAUCCGGGGUGGUGAAGGCUCCCCUGGUGAAGGCCCUUUUAAUGUCAGAAGACCUCUAGUUGUUUUCAAGCAAGGGUUUCGAAGCCGGCAAUACUGUUUGGUCGAGUGCUCAGAUAUUUGCAAUUUGAUUGGGGAUGGUGAUGAUGGACCUUAAAGACUAUAUGUGAUUUAUUUAGCGGAACAGUAGAAUCUUGAUUGUAGACAGAUUCUUUUUUCCCACUGAUAAGAAUGUAUAGAGGUACUUUUUUGAGUUCUAUCAAUUUUGUAAUGUUUGUAUUCUUUCUCCAGUCUUCAACUUGGCAUGGUUGAAAUGAUGACAUCCUAAAUUAAAGUUAAAUAUAUAUGCAGAAUCAUCAAAUCGGAAAUAUUAAUUUGUAUCUUUUUAAAA